AUGGAUACGUUUACAAGUCCACCCGCUCCAAGUAGAUGCGUAAUCUCCUCAAGGGAGGAUUCUAUUCUUUUACGGUUCGGAAAACGCAUAAGAGUUUACGAAGUCGGCGUUAAGGAUCUUGUUAUGGAUAAAACGGUUCGAACUCUCUUGUUAACCUUGGCCCAGUCCACAGUGGAUAAAAAUGCCAACGUGGUCUCCUCACUGAAGAAGGUGAAUCUUUGUCUUUUCAUGGUGCAGUUUGUCUACGAAGAGUUAUUGGUUUGUCUUAAAUUUGAGGAAAAUGGAAAAGGUGGAACUAACAGUAAACAUUUUUAUGCUCCUGUUUCUGCAUUCAUGGAUGCCUUAGAUAGAAGUGAAAUAGAGAGACUCAAUCUGGUUAUGAAUAACGCCUUGAUUCACCCUUCUAAAGAACUCAAGUUAUAUAUUCACCGUUGAGAACUGUACUUAUCUUCCAUUUACUCUCCAAUGGUCAAUCUAAUCGAUGAAUGGUGGGUAAAGAUGAAACUUAUUUAUCGUCGAAGCCGCUUAUUACCUGGAUACACUAUGUCUGUUUACGCAACAGAGGCCACAGCAAAUAAGUUAAGGGAACCUAAACAGCUGGAUCAGACAAUUUAUUGAUAGUUUCAAGAAUUGCAAAAUAGAGCUAUCAAUCUUAUAAUCAUAUAUAUGAAGGUUCCAAUGAACAUUAUUAUGAUUAGUUAUAUAAUUGAACGCUAGUAACUAUACUUGGUAUAUUGUAUUCUUAAGAUCAUUUUAAAUACGAA